UUACUGACAGUUCAGUUAGCCAAAAUUACCAUUUUUAGUUCAAGGCACCCUUUAAAAUUAUGGACAGUCCCGAGGCACCCUUUAAAAUUAUGGACAGUCCCGAGGCACCCUUUAAAAUUAUGGACAGUCCCGAGGCACCUUUUAAAAUUAUGGACAGUCCGAGGCAGGCACCCUUUAAAAUUAUGGACAGUCCCGAGGCACCCUUUAAAAUUAUGGACAGUCCCGAGGCACCCUUUAAAAUUAUGGACAGUCCCGAGGCACCCUUUAAAAUUAUGGAGUCCCGAGCACCCUUUAAAAUUAUGGACAGUCCCGAGGCACCCUUUAAAAUUAUGGACAGUCCCGAGGCACCCUUUAAAAUUAUGGACAGUCCCGAGGCACCCUUUAAAAUUAUGGACAGUCCCGAGGCACCCUUUAAAAUUAUGGACAGUCCCGAGGCACCCUUUAAAAUUAUGGACAGUCCCGAGGCACCCUUUAAAAUUAUGGACAGUCCCGAGGCACCCUUUAAAAUUAUGGACAGUUCCGAGGCACCUUUAAAAUUAUGGACAGUCCCGAGGCGAGGCACCCUUUAAAAUUAUGGACAGUCCCGAGGCACCCUUUAAAAUUAUGACAGU